AAAGCUACGAUUUUAUUUACAAUUCACAUUGGCUAAAAAUUCUUUACAUUAAAAACUGGCUGCAUAAAAAUUAAUUUAUCAUUUUUAUUUCAUUAUUAUUGUUGUGAACUAGUUUAUCUUGAUGAUUAAAGAAAUAGAAUAUUGCAAUUAAUAAAUUGCGAUACCAAAUGGUAAAUCUUUAAUGGAUUUUGUGCUAAGUAAUCAGAAGUUUAGGCUCGAAGUUAGUAAGUUAGUGGGAGUUGAUUGGGAGCAUCUCGGAAUUUGUUUAUUAAUCCCUGAUAAUGAGUUAAAAAUUAUAAAAAAUGAUAAUAAUGGAACAGUCAUGCAAGCAUAUGCAAUGUUAACUAAAUGGUAUGAGUCCAAUGAAAACCUUACCUUGGAAAAACUGAAGUCUGGAUUAAAAGACAUGGAGAGAAAAGAUCUGGCAAAAAAAGUUGAUGAACUUGCAGAUAAAUAUUUUCAGUGCUGCUCAUCAGAAAAAUUGGAGAUGGCAAAAAUCUAUUUUGAUAAAAAAAACUUUGAAAACGCAGAAAAAGUAUAUAGAGAAUUACUAAUUUUAUACUCAAAAGCAUUAGGAGAAAAGCACGAGCAUACACUAAAUGCUAAACAUUGGAUUGCGAGAUGUUUACACAAGAGAAAUAAAUUUGAAAACGCAGAACAGUUGCUGAGAGAAAUAAAAAUGGUUCAAAGAGAAAACUUAGGAUUAAAAAAUAAGCACACACUAUACACUAAACAGUGGAUUGCAGUAUGCAUUUUAGGAAAAAAGCAAACAAACAAAGCAGAGCAACUAUUGAAAAAAAUUGAAAUAAUGCAAACUGAUGUUCUUGGAGAAAAACACGAGGAUACAUUAAAAACUAAAUAUUUUAUCGCACAUUGCUUAUUAGAUAAAAAUCAGUUAGAUGAGGCAGAAAAUAUGUUUAGGAAUGUGGAGGUUAUGCAAAUAGAAGUUUUAGGAAAAGGUCAUGAGGAUACAUUGAAAACUAAAUAUUUUAUUGCAUAUUGCUCAUACAAAAAUAAAAAAUACAGCAACGCAGAAAAGUUAUUUAGAGAAGUAGAAAAUAUGGGGAAAAUAUUUUUAGGAGAUAAACAUGAGAGAACAUUAUAUUCCAAAAGAAUGGUUGCAAUUUGUUUAUUUGAACAAAAUCAAUUCAAUAAUGCAGAAAAAAUAUUUAUAGAAAUCGAAAAAAUUGAAAAUGAAUAUUUCGGAAAUAAACAUGAGGAAACAUUAUAUACAAAAGAAUGGGUUGCAAAAUGCUUAUAUGAAAAAAAACAAUUCGAUAACGCAGAGAAAGUCUUUAUAGAAAUACAAAGUAUUCAAGAAGAAGCUUUAGGAGAUAAACAUAAGGAUACAUUGAAUACUAAAACAUGGGUUGCAAGAUGCUUAUUUGAAAAACAUUUUUUUGAUAAGGCAGAGAAAUUGUUUGUUGAAGUAGAAAAAAUACAAAGAGAAGUUUUAGGAGGCGAAGACAAUGAUACGACGUAUAGCAAAUAUUGGAUUGCACGAUGUUUGUUUGAAAAACAACAGUUUGAUAAUGCAGAAAUAAUGUUUAGGAUUACUGAAAAAAAGUUCAAAGAUGUUUUAGGGAAUAAACAUUUAAAUUCAUUAAACUGUAUGUCCUAUAUUGCAAGAUGUUUAUUUGAAAAAAAACAGUACGAUAAAGCAGAAAAAAUAUUUAGAGAAACAGAAAUAGAACAAAAUGAAGUCUUAGGAAAUAAACAUCACCAUACUUUAAACACCAAACACUGGAUUGCCAGAUGUUUAUUAGAAAAAAAUCAAUUUGAUAAUGCUGAGAAAAUAUUCAGAGAAACGGAAAAUCUAUUUAAAGACAUUUUUGGAGAAAAAAGUAACGAUACGCUAGCAAGUAAAUACUAUGUCGCAAUGUGUUUAUUUUACAAAGGACAGAUUGACGACGCAGAAAAAAUGUUUAGGGAAACGGAACAAAUGCAACACGAAGUUUUUGGAACAAAAUUUGAAGCAACAAUAAAUAGUAAAUACUUAAUUGCAAAAUGUUUGUUUGAAAAAAAACAAUACGUUAACGCAAAAAGAAUGCUUUUAGAAACGCAAAACUUGUAUAAAGAAGUUUUAGGAGUUAAUAAUAAACAUGCUUUAAAUAUUCAAAUGCUAAUACGAAAAUGUGAAACAAACGUUUGCCCGUCAACUACAAACACUGAAUUACAGGAACUUAUAAGAUCGCUAUUUAAUUUUUAAUUAAUAAAAUUUAUCGCAAAAAAGUUUGAAUGAUAAUUUUAAAAAAAGUUACCUAGUCAUUAGAGCUGUAUUAACUACAGAUAGUUUAUUAAAAAAAAAAAUGUUCAAGUCAAAGUAAACCAGUAGUGUAUUAGUAAAACGUUUUAAUUGAGAGAGGGACACUCGCUACUUAUAUUUAUAAUUUGCUAAAUACCACAAGAAUUUAGAAAAUGACUGUUUUAACAAUAUUCUUUUAUCCAUCAUCUUCAGAGUGAUUAUGACUUCAUAAAGUUUUUUUAACUUAUUUGCUAAUACGGUAAUUAUAAUUAUUGUUGUUAUAAUUGUCAUUAUUAUUAAUAUUAAUUAAUAAUAUAACUACUUGUUUGUAUAUAAUAUAAUAAU